UGUCCUGCUAAUGAACUACAUUUUUAGACGCUGAAGAGUUUUUAUUGGUUUCUCUUAUGAGGAAAGCAAUGAGAACCCGAUCAGGUUCUCCUCCAAUUCAUGUGCACGUCAAUGACACCACACCUGUACAUGUACAUGUGAAGAGCCAGGGAACAAAUCCUGUCAGGACAUCCAAGGUUAGAGACCAAGGAAAUCUUCGUCCAACAGCUAAGGUCAAAACGUCUGUGCCAUGGAAACCACCAGGAAAGACCUCCACACGGGAUGCAUCAUACAAGUGGGAGGGACCGACGCACUGUCUUGAGAUUAUCCCACCACUGCCUGAAACGGAACCUGAGCAGUCCCAGUCUGCCCUGCGAUUGGCUGACCUUACGUCAGAGGAAGAGGAAGGCUUACACGGACGAAUCAGCCAGUAUGAGAGGAAGAUUGACAGCUUACUGACUGAAGUAAGCUCUCUGAAAAAUGAGGUGGAACUGCGAAAGAAGGAACAGCUGCUAGAGCGCCAGUCAGAGCAACUGUGUGUUUCCCAGCGGGUGAUCGCCGAGCAGGAGGAGGAGCUGGCUGAGGUGACCAAGGAGCUGGAAGAGACAGAGCGGGAGAACACACGAUUACGCCAGUCCAUGGAAAAGAUGCUGGAGGAGACAGACUGUAACAGACAAGACAGGGACAGCAUGCAACAGGACAGAGAUGCUCUGCUCAGGAAACUGAUGGAGGCUGAGGUGGACGGAGCAGCAGCUGCCAAGCAGGUGUCAGACCUGCGAGAGUCUGUGUCCAAACUGUGCAAUGUUGGUAGUGCUAAGCUGUCUGGCACCGAGUCUUUACUCUUGGCCCGUCAGAAAGAGCUGUUGCUUCAGAAACUGGAGACAUUUGAGGCCACAAACCGAACACUGAGGCACCUUCUCAGAGAGCAGCAUGGAUUGCAG